UUGCGGAUGUAAUCAAAAUCAAGUGACGUGUCGUAUGCCGAGUUAACAAAAUACUUGUGGAAAUAAUUAAAUCUACUGUAUGUUGUAAAAAUAAUUAAAUACAGGAUACAAGUAGUCCACAAAUAAAAUAGUAAUUAAUUCAAAAUGCUGACUAAAUUCGAAACGAAGUCAGCUCGUGUCAAAGGGUUGUCUUUUCAUCCCAAAAGACCGUGGAUCCUAGCAAGUUUACACAAUGGAGUUAUCCAGCUGUGGGACUACCGGAUGUGCACGUUGCUGGAGAAAUUCGACGAGCAUGAUGGACCAGUCAGAGGAAUCUGCUUCCACAAUCAGCAGCCGCUGUUUGUAUCCGGUGGCGAUGACUACAAAAUCAAGGUAUGGAAUUACAAGCAACGUCGCUGUAUAUUUACGCUGCUUGGUCACUUGGACUACAUCCGUACGACAGUAUUUCAUCACGAGUACCCAUGGAUCUUGAGUGCCUCUGAUGACCAGACGAUAAGGAUCUGGAACUGGCAGAGUCGGGCGUGUAUUUGCGUACUUACUGGCCACAAUCACUACGUCAUGUGCGCGCAGUUUCAUCCUUCGGAGGAUAUGAUUGUCUCUGCGUCACUGGACCAGACGGUCCGUGUUUGGGACAUCUCGGGAUUGAGGAAGAAAAACGUUGCGCCAGGUCCCGGUGGACUGGAGGAGCAUCUGAAGAAUCCUGGAACCACUGACUUGUUUGGGCAAGCGGACGCUGUUGUCAAACACGUCCUGGAAGGUCAUGACCGUGGAGUGAACUGGGCGAGCUUCAACCCAACUCUGCCACUGAUUGUCUCCGGUGCCGAUGAUCGGCAGAUCAAGAUGUGGAGAAUGACUGACAUGAAGGCCUGGGAAGUUGACACUUGUCGCGGGCACUACAACAACGUGUCCUGCGUACUCUUCCACCCACGUCAGGAUUUGAUACUUUCCAACUCUGAGGACAAGAGUAUCAGAGUCUGGGACAUGGCCAAGCGCGGCUGUCUACAGACAUUCCGCAGAGAGCACGAAAGAUUCUGGGUCCUCGCCGCUCAUCCAACUUUGAAUCUUUUCGCAGCUGGACAUGACUCGGGGAUGAUUAUUUUCAAACUAGAGCGCGAGCGUCCGGCUUACGCAGUACAUGGCAACCUUCUGUACUACGUCAAGGAAAGAUAUCUGCGUAAAUUGGACUUUACGACAUCAAAGGACACCGCGGUGAUGCAGCUCCGCGGAGGAGGAAAAACUCCAGCCUUCAGUAUGUCUUACAAUCAAGCUGAGAACGCGGUUCUUAUUUGCACCAGGUGCGCUACCAACAUUGAAAACAGCACCUACGACUUGUACAUGAUCCCCAAGGACGGAGACUCGAAUACUGAUCCUGAAACAAAGAGAGCUUCUGGUGUCACUGCUAUCUGGGUCGCGAGAAACCGCUUCGCUGUUCUAGAUCGCGGAUACUCGCUGGUGAUUAAAAAUCUGAAGAAUGAAGUAACGAAAAAAGUCCAGAUCCCGAACUGCGAUGAAAUAUUUUACGCAGGGACCGGCAUGCUUCUGCUUCGCGACUCGGACCAGUUGAUACUUUUUGAUGUUCAGCAGAAACGUCAGGUCGCUGAAGUAAGAAUUUCAAAAUGUCGUUACGUGGUCUGGUCUAACGACAUGUCACACGUUGCGCUGUUAUCAAAACACACGGUAAAUAUUUGCAACCGUAAAUUGGAAUCUCUGUGCUCAAUAUCCGAGAACACGAGAGUCAAGUCCGGAGCUUGGGAUGACUCGGGCGUUUUUAUUUACACGACGAGCAAUCAUAUCAAGUAUGCCAUCAAUUCGGGUGAUCAUGGAAUCAUUCGUACUCUGGACCUUCCUAUUUACGUAACUCGUGUCAAGGGCAACCAAGUCUACUGCCUGGACCGCGAAUGCAGACCUAGGGUUCUAAGAAUCGACCCGACUGAGUAUAAAUUCAAACUCGCCUUGAUCAAUAGAAAGUAUGAAGAAGUUUUGCACAUGGUGAGGACUGCCAAUUUGGUGGGUCAGUCUAUCAUAGCGUAUCUCCAACAGAAAGGAUACCCAGAGGUAGCUCUGCACUUUGUCAAAGAUGAGAAGACUCGCUUUGGACUUGCUCUGGAGUGCGGAAACAUUGAGGUUGCUCUCGAAGCAGCCAGAACUCUUGACCAGAAAGCUUGCUGGGAGAGUCUAGCCCAAGCUGCUCUGCUGCAAGGUAAUCACCAGGUAGUGGAGAUGUGCUACCAGCGGACAAAGAACUUUGAGAAGCUAUCAUUCCUCUAUUUACUCACCGGUAACCUGGACAAAUUAAAGAAGAUGACAAAGAUCGCGGAGAUACGCAAAGACGUCUCGGGACAGUACCAGGGAAGUCUUUUGCUUGGAGAUAUUUAUGAACGGGCAAAAAUUCUCAAAGAAGCUGGACAAACUUCAUUGGCUGCGGUGACCAAGAAAAUUCACGGUAUCGCCAACGAAGAAGAUGAGGAACAAGUUGCUUUGAUUGGUGACGAGUUCCAGGAAUUGGAACGCGGUGCGAUUUAUUUACGACCUCUGAUACCAGCUCAGCAGGUGGAGAACAACUGGCCGCUGUUGACUGUCUCCAAGGGCUUCUUUGAAGGUGCGAUGAUGUCACGAGGCAAGAGUCAGGUCGCUGCAGCUCUAGCUGCUGUCGAAACCGAAGACGACGCUGGAGUCGCCGAAGGCUGGGGCAAUGACGAAGAAUUGGGCAUCGAUGACGAAGAAGGAGUCGAGGGUGGCGAAGUCGGUGAAGAUGGUGAAGAAGGUGGCGCUGGAUGGGAAGUCGAGGAUGUCGAUUUGCCUCCAGAGUUGGAGACCAACGUCGCCGUGGCUGAGGACGGAUACUUUGCAGCUCCGACCAAAGGAGUUCCUCCGUCUCACCACUGGGUCAACAAUUCUCAGCUCGCUGUCGAUCAUAUACUCGCCGGGUCCUUCGAGACAGCUUGCCGCCUCCUGCAUGACCAAGUUGGAGUCACCGAAUUCCAGGCCUACCAAGCGCAUUUCCUCAACACUUUCUCAAGAUCACGCACCAGCUACUCCUGUCUGCCCAAUAUUCCUUCUCUAAAUGCUUACCCGCUGCGUAACUGGAAGACUGCGACACUAAAAACUGGUCUACCAGCAGUAGGACUCCAGCUGACGGAGUUGGUUCAGCGUCUGCAAGUCUGCUACCAACUGACAACCGGCGGUAAAUUUACAGAAGCAGUUGAAAAAUUGCAGGCUAUUCUUCUAAGCGUUCCACUGCUGGUUGUCGACACCAGACAGGACAUCGCCGAGGCUCAGCAGCUCAUUCAGAUCUGCCGCGAAUAUAUUCUGGGUCUGAAAAUGGAGAGCGAACGUAAGAAUGCUCCCAAAGCGACGCUCGCUGAACAAAAAAGAGUUUGCGAAAUGGCCGCAUACUUCACGCACUGCAAUCUACAGCCAGUUCAUCAGAUCCUGACACUCAGAACUGCUGUAAAUUUAUUUUUCAAAUUGAAGAACUACAAAACUACUGCGUCGUUCGCUAGACGCCUGCUGGAACUCGGACCUAGAGCUGAAGUUGCUCAGCAAGUCAGAAAGAUUCUUCAGGCUUGCGACAAGAAUCCAGUUGACGAGCAACAAUUGCUCUACGAUGAGCACAACCCCUUCUCACUCUGUGCUUCGACAUACACGCCAAUUUACCGAGGAAAACCCGAGGUCAAGUGUCCUCUCUGCGGUGCCAGCUACCACCCGCAGUUCAAAGACUCUCUUUGCAAAGUCUGCGACGUCGCUCAGGUCGGAAAAGAGUGCAUAGGAUUGAGAAUAAGUUCUCUGCAAUUCCGAUAAAUAUAAAAAAUAAAAUUUAUCUUUUAUUAAUUGAAAAAAAUAUUAUUAUUAUUUUUCGUUUUUCAUAAAUCGAAUGUAUUUUAAUUAGCAUUUAAUGUCAGUAUCAACUAUUUGAAUUAUUUUAUAAGCGUAUUUGUAAUUAAUAAUUUUGUCAUUAUCAAUUAUAUAAUUAUAUAAAUAAAUAUAUUAUAGGCAA